CUACACUCUCCUGUGCAUUUAUUAACUAUCGCUCAGGGAGACAUUUGCCAGGGAAAAGAAUGGAGCCUUUUGUACUGGGACCAGCCAUUUGAACUGGGGCUUCCUCCUACUUCUGCCAUACCUAUGCUGCUAAGGACGAGGUCUGUUGCCUGGGCAGGACUGCAGGCUGUGCUACCUUGCCUUCUGAAGCUUUCGUAGUGGGGGGCCUCUAAGGUCCUGAUGCCAUCCUGCAGGUGGUUCCAUCGUGACCUGAGUGGCAUAGAUGCUGAGGCCUUACUCAAAGCACGAGGAGUUCAUGGCAGUUUUUUGGCUCGCCCCAGCCGGAAGAACAAGGCAGAUUUUUCCCUUUCUGUCAGGGUUGGUGACCAGGUCACCCACAUCCGUAUCCAGAAUACAGGAGACUUUUAUGAUCUCUAUGGAGGAGAGAAGUUUGCCACAUUGUCAGAAUUGGUGGAAUAUUACACACAGCAACAAGGAUCCCUACAAGAUAAAGAUGGGACCAUCAUAGACUUGAGGUAUCCGCUGAACUGCUCCGAUCCCACCACAGAGAGGUGGUACCAUGGGCAUCUUUCUGGCCCAGCAGCUGAGACCUUACUCCAAACCAAGGCUGCACCAUGGACCUUCUUGGUGCGCGAGAGCCUCAGCAAGCCUGGUGAUUUUGUGCUGUCUGUCCUGACUGACCAGCCUAAAUCUGGGAUUGAUGCUACUGGAGCUAAUAGCACCCCCAAAGAAAGACUCAAAGUCACUCAUGUCAAGAUCAUGUGUGAGAAGGGGCAGUAUACAAUCGGGGGCACGGAAAGGUUUGGCAGUCUGACUGACUUGGUGGAACAUUUUAAGAAGAUAGGAAUUGAGGAGGCAUGUGGUUCCUUCUUGUAUUUGAGACAGCCUUUCAACGCCACUCGAGUGAAUGCAGCUGACAUUGAAGAUAGGGUGCAAAUGCUCAACAAGAGGAGCCAAGCGGAAGAGACAGCCAAAGGUGGCUUCUGGGAGGAGUUUGAUAUCCUGCAGAAACAAGAAACCAAGAACUUGUAUGAUCGGCAUGAGGGCCAAAGACCAGAAAACAAGGGCAAGAACCGCUAUAAGAACAUCUUGCCAUUUGACCACUCCCGAGUCAUCCUCCAAGAAAGAGAUGUGAAUCAUUCUGGGUCAGAUUAUAUCAAUGCCAACUACAUCAAGAACCAGCUGUUCAGCCCUGAGGAAUGCAGUAAAACUUACAUUGCCAGCCAAGGUUGCCUGGAAGCCACCAUCAAUGACUUCUGGCAGAUGGUGUGGCAAGAAAAUUCACGUAUCAUUGUGAUGACCACCCGAGAGGUGGAGAAAGGAAGGAACAAAUGUGUCCCUUACUGGCCAGAAGUAGGAAGCAGCAAAGAGUAUGGGCCAUACAUAGUGGAAAAUGUGGGAGAACAUGAUGCCUUAGAGUAUAAACUCAGACAGCUCCAGCUUUCACCAGUCAAUAAUGGUGAGGCUGUGCGAGAUAUCUGGCAUUACCAGUACCUGAGCUGGCCUGACCAUGGAGUGCCCAGUGAGCCUGGAGGAGUCCUUGGCUUCGUUGACCAAGUCAAUCAGAAGCAGGAGAGCAUCCCCAGAGCUGGACCCAUUGUAGUUCAUUGCAGUGCCGGGAUCGGUCGCACCGGGACCAUCAUUGUCAUCGAUAUGAUUGUGGAUUUGAUCUCCACGAAAGGGCUGGACUGUGACAUAGACAUCCCAAAGGCCAUUCAGAUGGUUCGCUCCCAGCGUUCAGGGAUGGUGCAGACCGAAGCGCAAUACAAGUUCAUCUACAUGGCUAUCUGCCAGUUCAUAGAGACCACUAAGAAGAAGUUGGAUGUUAUGCAGACUACGAAAGGAAGACCAAAUGAAUCGGAAUAUGGGAAUAUAACCUACCCGCCUGCACAGAAGACCGCACACACAAAGGCUUCCCGAAAAUCCUCCAAGCAGAAGGAAGAAUCAACCCUGUAUGAGAAUUUAGAAAACACCAAAGGCAAGAAAGAGGAAAAAGGGCUAAAGCACUGGCCUCCAGGGAAGGAGAAGAAACCAAAGGGUUCUCUGAAGAAAAAAUAAUGCCAUGCAUCUUCCAUUCACAGAAGACAUCAAUUGUCUUUUUCCCUGCUAAGAACAUCCCAUAAAGGUUUAUUGAAUGGUGGAGAGCUAGCCCAAGACACCUUGGUGCCUGAGAAGGAAAAUCCAGAUUGCAUCUUCUCAUUCUCCUUCUAUUAAUGAAUCCUUCUCUUUCUCUGCCUCUCCUAUGACCCAUCCAUUUUCUUUUUAGAAGUCUAUGGGCAUCUCUGUAAGGGCUUGGGGUGUGUGUGUGUACAGAUGCAUAGGAGUAGGGGAACCUCUGACACACUGAUCCCCCUGUAUAUGUGCAGAUUGCAAUGCUCAAUAACUAUGCCAUGAUUACUAUCCUUAUCCUUAAUCUACUUAUACAUUCAUUACACCGUAGUCUUUUCCUUUUUAGUCAGUUUUUGAAAGCUUGAAACAUGCCUUGCUGUUCUCUUAGGCUGUGGGCACAUUAGUUGUUUCAAAAGCAGCGAGAAUGGUUUUUCUGGCUAUGUGUUGAAGCGACUCUGCCCUCAGCUGGACGCACCUCCCUUCCCCACUUCAGAACUUGUAGGACCGCCCAUAGCAAAGUGUUGGGCCAACCUCUGUCUCUGCCUGAGCCUACAGCAAAGCGUUUCCAUUGGCCACACCUGGAAAACAAACAGGUUGAUCUACCUGCAAAAUCUGCCUGAAGCUGAAUUUUUAAAAAAUGCAGUCAAGCUGAUCCCAUGAGGUUUUAGAGUAAAUAUGGGUGGAGUUUGACUAGCAUCGUGUGCCCGUUUUCAGAAAAGAGAGGUGGAGAGACACACUGAAACUGGCACAACGGUAUGUAUGUCUCUACCCUUAGGUGUAAUCCUAUACAACUGGGCUCACCAAUGCAGUAGCCUUGGUCUUCCCCUGGUGCCUGCAGAGUCUCUGAGGUCCCCUUCAUCAUGAGGUGGUGAGGGUGGCUAAACUUUUUCCUCUUAAGAGCAGACAGAGGAAAUUGAAAAAACAAGACUCUUUCCCACUUCCUGUCUUACGUAGCUCUAUGUGCUUUUCAAGGCUCAGGUCAAUAUUUGAGCAGUUGACCAUGAAGCAGAGUGACCGAGAAGGAAAUAAUGAAAGGGACUGAUCUGAGAGACUUAGGCUGUGGACACACUAGUUGUCUGAAAAGCAGCUAGAAUGGUGUUUCUGACUGCCUUUUGAAGUGAUCCUGCUCUCUGCUGGCCACAUUUUCCUUCCCCACUGCUGACUUCAGAACUUUCAGGGCCACCUGCAGCAAAGCAUUGGGCCAAUCACUGUCUCUGCCUGAGCCUGCAACAAAGCGCUUCCAUUGACCACACCUGGAAGACAAAGGGGUUGAUCUAUCAAUCAGUUGCAAAACCUCUCUGAAGCUGAAGUUUUAAAAAAUGCACUGGAGCUAAUCUGAUGAGGUUUUAAAAGUAAAAAAGGGCAGAGUUUGACUAGUGUUGUGUGCUCCCGUUUUGAGAAAAGAGAGGUAGAGAUGCACUGGAACUGGCACAACAGAAAAUGUGUCUCUACUCUUAGGUGAGGAAAACACAUCCAGGAGAGAGGGGGAGAAAGUGGAGUGUUAAGAGAGGAGGCACUUGUGUGCGCACAUGUUGGAUCAAGUAAAAUGGAUCCUCUUGAAACUAAUAUUUUUAUAGAUUUUCCCUGUCCCAACUACUGUCAGAUCAUAUCUGUGUCCAUUGACUGAACCAUAACAAUUAUUGAUUUCUGGAGUUUCUAUAGCACUAAAAUAAGGAUCCAAGGCAUCAAUCCUUUUGGGACUUUCUGAUUUUCACCAGGGAUCCCUAACCACCAUCAAUCAAAGGUCCCCUCUGGGUCAACAGAUACAUCCUAUGUGAAAACCAUAAGGAUCUGUGCCUUGUGUUAAUGUGUCUUGAAGUGCUGGCUAUCACAGGACCUGUGAUUUUUGCUAUGCCAUCUACCACUGUAAACUUUGAUGGCAGUUUGUUUGGGGGUGCAUGUAAAGUCAUGCAAAUUCAAGAGGAUCUGUUUUAACUGUACUGGCUCUUACUUUUUCUCAGACUCCUUAAAAAGUGUGUGUGGUCUCUGUCUGGGAGACAGGCGAGAGAAGCAACCCAACGGGGGGGGUGCCCAUAGAGCUGGAAGUCCUAUUGAACUCACUUUACUUGAGUAGAUAAGUACAGGAUUGCACUGUUAGGAUACUAAAGCUCUGCCUUUUUCCUGAGUCUCAGGCUCUAGAGCCUUCUGUUUAUCGUGCCCUCUAACUAUUCCACAUACUGAGCCCUGCCAGGUGGAGGAGCUGGAUAUGUUGCCUUUGGGAUAAAUGUUGCUUCUGUAGCUUCACCUUCUUUCAGGUCCAGUUUCUUUUCCAUGACUUCACUGGAUUGGUCAAAGCCAACCUUGUCUUGUGCAACCACUAGCUCAAUGCCAACCUCUGCUUAGCCAAACCCUACUGCUGCACUCUGUAAAUAAUGGAUAAUUGUCUAGUCUAAUAGAUUGGUUUUCUUUGCUUGUAAAUAAAACAGAUUUUUGUUUGA